AAUAAUAAUAAUAAAGAAUAAACAUUUAAUUCUAUUUAUUUUUUAAAUGAUAUCAUGGCUAACUUGGCUUUCGGAACAUGGUUUCCUAAAACAUUUGAAAUAUUUUGAACGGUUUUCGUUCAGGCGCGUGUUGCCUGAACGUUCUAGCAUUUUCCAGGCGUCCUUGAACGCACCACUCUGGACUGUUGUCAACGGCUGUUGCUAACGGCAGCUCAUUCUGUGUCUGCGACCCAACCGUCGCCCGAAAUGCCCCUGGAUCUGAGCCAGUGGACCGGGCCCCUGGCCCUGCAGGAGGUGGAGGAGCAGCCCGCCCGGCCUCUGACCGUCAAAUACGGCUCUCUGGAGCUGGACGAGCUCGGGAAAGUGUUCACGCCGACGCAGGUGCAGAACCGACCCACCUCCGUGGAGUGGGAGGGAUGUGACCCCAGUAAACUUUACACUUUAGCCCUUACGGACCCGGACGCCCCCAGCAGGAAAGACCCCAAAUUCAGGGAGUGGCACCACUUCCUGCUGGUCAACAUGAAGGGGAACGACGUCUCCUCGGGCUGCGUGAUGUCCGACUACGUGGGCUCUGGUCCUCCUCAGGGCACAGGCCUGCACCGGUACGUGUGGCUGGUUUAUGAGCAGCCGGGCAGCCUGAGCUGCUCUGAGCCCGUCCUCACUAACCGCUCCGGGGACGGCCGCGGGACGUUCAAGGUCCAGAGCUUCAGGCGGAAAUACGGCCUCGGAGCGCCGGCGGCCGGGAGCUGCUACCAGGCCGAGUGGGACGAGUACGUCCCCAAACUCUACGAGCAACUCGCUGGAAAAUGAGAAGGGUUUGGGCACCGCGUUCUCAGACUGAAGCUGAGAAAAAAAACAAUCUAUUUUCUGACAAUAAAAACAAAAAAGAAAGCUCCAAUUCAAAAUGCGCUUCUGAGAAUUCCACCUGAUGUGAGAAAAAAAGCAGUUCAAUGAAGCUACGCACACUAAAAACCAAUUCUUUAAACCAUUAAACCACUUCUCUGAUCCUCUUGAUCAUGAAUAUGCUCUGUAAAAUCACCCGUUUACUUCCAGUUUUUUGUCUUUGUUUUCAAAUGUGAGAAGAAAUGCCUUAAUGCCUUGUUUAUUUUUUCAAAGUGAUGGAUUCCUAAUAAAUAAAGGUCCAGAUGUCCUCAUGUUCAGUUCAGAGCUCUGCUGUUAGUAACCUGUACAUUAGAUCACAGUAAAUGUAUAAAGAACAUUAACUCAAAUAAAUACUGAAACUGAACUUAUUCAGGCUGUUCAUUUGUGAGACAAUCAAACAAGACAUCCGAUUUUUUGUGUGAUGAGCACUUUAUUUACAAAUAUAAUUAAAAGCUCUGACAGAUUCAUGCUUUCUUUAAACCUGGAAAAAAAAAUAAAGUGCAUGCAAUAAUAAAGCAUCAUACUGGUCUGGUUUAUAAGAAAAAUACACAGCUCGGGAGUUGUGUAAAGCAAAAUGAAAGAAAGAAAAAAAAAAUCAGAUGAAAUUCCUGUUGAUAAAAGAUUGGACCGCAGACACUUAUCCGAGGAGGAGGGGGGAGGAAACGAACAAAAAAAAAAAGAAGCAUCUUUAAAAAAUCUUUUUGAUUCGUGUGACAGUUAAAAUACAUUACGAAAAUAAGUAAAAGCUCUCCAUAAAUCCAUCCAAAGAACAGCCCCCCCCACCC